AUCCAAAUGAGGGCUUAUUGGGAUAUACAUAUAAACUGACGGUCACCGCUCAACUGUAUGAUAUGAUUUAGAACGAUUGAAAUAUCUUAGGGUGUCUAGAAAAUUUGGGAUCAUUGUAGUUACUACGGGUUAAUUGGUGUGUAUAUUGUGUAGUGGAACAAAUUAACCGUUACGGACUUUUUUCAUAGAGGUGUGCGAUCUGGAACCAAUUGUUUGCAUCCUUCUUUGAUACAUGUGCACGGAGGCAUUUUCCAGGCGCUGGGUCUGUCUAAAUGCCUGAUUAGACUCCGUGAUUUAGUUUUUCCCCAGAUUGGGUCCUUCCACUUUGGUGCCCUCUAUAACACUAUAGGAUCUACAUUACCGAAAGACAAUUACAUGGACUAGUUUCUGUUGACCGAAAAAUUUAAAAACUUAACAAAAAUGUCAACAAAUCUUUAAGUUCUUAACUUAGUUUUUAGCAAAGCAGAAUAGGAUCCUGGCAAAUGAUAACUGCAUGAGGGAUUAGUUUUGCAACUGAGGUUCAUGUUCUGUUGUUUCAGUCAGAAAGGCUUGUGGGGAAAACAGGAUUUAGACAAUUUUGCUUUUCCGGGAUCACAGUGUUUUCAAGACGAAUGUAACAGGGAAAACGUAUGACAUCCUCGCUCAAGGAAGAAACGAUGCCGUCGAAAGACGACGACAAUAGUAAUUCUGUUGGAAGCCCGGAUGUGGAUAGUCCAAAUUCUAGAAAAUCAAGACAAAAACGAGGACACAGUGGAGUCAACCAGUUAGGCGGUGUCUUUGUAAAUGGCCGUCCCCUGCCCGAUUCCACGAGGCAAAGAAUUGUAGAACUUGCCCAUAGUGGUGCUAGACCAUGUGACAUUUCUCGCAUCCUGCAGGUAUCCAACGGUUGUGUGAGCAAAAUUCUAGGACGUUACUAUGAGACGGGUUCCAUUCGACCACGUGCCAUUGGUGGAAGCAAACCGCGGGUCGCCACACCGGAAGUGGUUGGAAAAAUCGCUCACUACAAAAGAGAGUGCCCUUCUAUAUUUGCUUGGGAAAUACGUGAUCGACUUUUGUCAGAGGGCUGCUGUAAUCAGGAUAAUAUUCCAAGUAUUUCCUCCGUCAACCUGGUGCUUCGAAAUCUUGCAAAAGAAGACCAGGUUUCUUCCAUUAACCGUGUGCUACGAAAUCUUGCCAGCGAGAAUCAGAAAGUCAUGGGACAGGGUGCAAUGUACGACAAGUUAGGCCUAUUGAACGGUCAGAAUUGGCCCCGAACUAACCCCUGGUAUGCCACGAACAUGGGGGUGCCAGGUCUCCCUCCCUCCGCCUAUACAACCCAUCAACCCGCCCCACCCCUCGGGAUGGAUAAGAAAAAUAAUGAUGGUUCGGGAUCGGAAAGCAACCAAAGUGAAGGACAAAACAAUGAAACAGACGAGCAACUUAGAAUGCGUCUCAAGCGCAAACUCCAGCGGAACCGAACUUCAUUCUCAGCAGCACAAAUCGAAGCUCUAGAAAAAGAAUUUGAGCGGACUCAUUAUCCAGAUGUGUUUGCAAGAGAAAGGCUGUCACAAAAAAUUGAUCUCCCAGAAGCACGUAUACAGGUAUGGUUUUCAAAUAGAAGAGCAAAAUGGCGACGAGAAGAGAAGUUACGGAACCAGAGAAGGGAUGUAGCAAAUGGAGCUACCCGACUGCCAAUCAAUGGAGGCUUCUCAAACGGAAUGUAUCCCACAAUCCACCAACAAAUAGGAACAAUGGCCGACUCUUACAGCUCAAUGCCGACCAUGCCUUCCUAUUCUUUGUCCAGCAAUAACAUCCCAACCAACCCAGCAUGUUUACAGUCAAACAACGCAACCUCAUACUCAUGUAUGAUCCCAGAAUACGCACCUCGAAGUUAUGAUCCAUUAUCACUAAGCAACUAUUCCCGUCCAUCUUGUAACCCCGCAGCAGGCAUGCAAGGUCACAUGACCCAUAAUAACCACGCAUCAGCGGCCUCUACUGGACUGAUUUCUCCAGGUGUGUCGGUUCCUAUUCAAGUACCAGGUGGGGGGCCACCAGAUAUGAGCGCGCAUCACAUGGGUGCGAUGGCGUCACAGUACUGGCGAGGACUGCAAUGACGUCACGAUUAGAGAUUCAUCAAAUAUGGUGUCUAAACUUGACGAUCAAAUCAACAUGGCAAAAGCUCUUACGUGAUACUGAUAAAUGGCUUGAUGAAUUUGCAAAAGGAAAUGGUUGAACUUACUUGCUUUUUGAAGCAGUAGAAGUAACAAUCUGGGAGAGUAGGAAACACCAUGUUUUCUUGUUUGCCAGUAAAGUUAGUGCUCAGGAAAUCCCCAUAUAGUUAGGUGACUAGUCAGUGCUCAAUGUCGCAGCCUCUGAAAUCCACAGCUACCGCACAAAGACAUCGUUACCACAUCCGACAUUCCUUCAUAUCGUAAUCGUGGUUAAUUUAUCUCCUCUUUUUACAAAUGCUCUAUAUAUUUGUAAAAUGUAUGUAUAUCCUUAUGUAACCAUUAUGUGUACUUGUUCAUGAAAGAAAAUAAUGUUGUAUGGCUUCAUUUUUUUCUCUUGAUCUUUUUUUUUAUUUUUAAGUAAUGUCAUAAAAUGCAUUUUGUCUUCUUGUUUAACUUAUUGAAAUGAAGAAAGAAAGAUUAUUAUUGCUACCGAUUUUUUGUUUGCAUUACCUACCGCAAAUAUAUGUUUUGUAUCUUUCUUUGUGUAUAUGACAAAUGUGAAAACGAACAAUUUGUGAAAAUUUGUAAAAGAUUAAUUUUCUUUCAGUGUGAAAGAUGCAAAGGCAAAGCUUUAUAAAAUAGAUUUUUUUUAGUUUCCUGUUCAAAACAGAGAUUUUGUUACGUGAAACUCAGAUAUGUUUGAGAUUCUUUGUUAAACAAAAGUUUUAUACCAAGACAUACCUCGCUUAUUUGCAUAUUAGUGUUCAUUUGCAACAGAAAGGUUGCAUUAUACUUUCAGGCAAAUGGAUUUAUUCUAAUUAGCAAUAAAGUUUAUUUCCAAAAGUA